AUGAUUUGUUUUUGGUUUUGGUUGAGUCAACAACAGCAAGAGAUACGCUUCCAUCAAUACGACACGGAGAUCUCCACAGUGAGGCCAUCAUUGGACGGGCUUCACUUUAUCGACGCAGCCCAUCCUUACAUACGUGCACAUGACAAAAGAACAAGUUUACAGAAUAAAACUGCGAAAUCUGGACUACCACCACUGUUGGAUCACACGAGCGCAGAGCCUAUCUCUUUGCUUACCCAAGUUGAUGACGAAGAAUAUGUCAUACUUCCAAACGCAACAUCGCUCGUGGCUAUUCGAACAAAAGAUCUCGAUCCUCAUUCUCGGCAUCUCAUCCGAAUAAUUGCACCAAUGGUCGGCAGGGACACGGUAGAAACGUUUCAGUUCCUGGGAGUCUGGCUAGAUGAAGGCGGGCAACUCAUUCCAGUCCAAGACCCCAUGGCGUCAACCAGAAAUGCACAAUUACACACAAAAGAUAUUGCCAGUGAGGAGUUCGGUUUUCCCAUAAGUGACCUACCCCUACAAAAUACCCCGCAGCGCAAGAUGUUGGAGAUUCUUACGGAUCUACCUGGUUCUAUGACAGGUCUAGACAGGCGAAAGCAUCGGAUUUCUUCCAAUCUUGCAACUGGAAUAUUGGGAGGAGUUAUGGGCUGGGAAUAUUUGACGGGUGAGAUGUUUGGCAGUGAUCAUGUAACUAUUGGUAUGGAUGGGAUGUGCCUGGUACAAGAUUGUAUCGGCGGCAGAGGCACUCCGGCAGGAUUGGCAGAUAUUCUCAACAUCGGUAAUGCCGACUGGGAGUCAUUCCGAAUAUAUAAUGAGCAAUACAAUCUGACGACGUGGGAUUUGAGCGUACUUUUCGAAGAAACCUAUGUUUCCUUAAUCAAAGCAAUCAGAACCUUGGCGUACCCCAAGUACUCCUCCACUAUGGCCGAGACCGCGCAAUAUGACUAUCCCCAACAUAGAGCAGUUGAUAUUCCGAUAUUUGUGAUGAGACCAUUUCGCGGACAGCUGGAGCAAUCAACGCACUCUGUAGUUGAUCGUCUCCAAUUUGAGGGAGAUAAAUCUGUGUUCUGGCUCGAUACUUCAGGUUGGCUGAAUACCGAUCUUGAUUUCGAGGGACGGCCAGAGGAUCAAGAUUUUUUCCUUGAUGAAGAAAGCCCUCGAAAGGAAUGGCGUCUGACGGAGAGGGGAAAUCAGCGCGUUGCAAUCCUGCUACACAUGCAUGUUUGCAGAUAUCUUGCACAAGAAGCGGAGAAAUGUGCAUUCUUAGCUCCGGAGGCAUAUCAAGGUGGAAAUGUUGAUCCGGUUGCAAUGCAUUUCGAUGAAUACAUGAGAAAUGAGAAAGAGAGGAGGUUGAAAAAGUUAUUCUGGGUAUCCCCAGAGGAUGAAGGAAAGGUCCAAGUCAAAUAA